AUGAGCACCAGAAAUCGUUCUACAGUGGGCGUAUUUGUCUUAGCAGGUUUAAAUCAACAGCCAGAGCUCCAGCUACCCCUCUUCCUCCUGUUCCUGGGAAUCUAUGGGGUGACAGUGGCGGGGAACCUGAGCAUGAUCCUCCUGAUUGCUCUCAGCCCUCGACUUCACACCCACAGGUACUAUUUCUUUGCCAAUUUGUCCUUCAUUGAUCUCUGCUAUUCCUCUGUCAUUACCACCAAAAUGCUGGUGAACUUCCUUGGGAAGAAGAAUGCAAUCUUCUAUUAUGAGUGCAUGGCCCAGCUCUUUUUCUUUGCGGUCUUUGUUGUAGCUGAGGGUUAUGUCCUGACUGCCACGGCAUAUGAUUGCUACAUUGGCAUCUGCAACCCACUGCUGUAUAAUGUGAUCAUGUCACCUAAGCUCUGCUCUUUGCUAGUUCUGGCUUCCUUCCUCCUGGGUGUUUUGUUUGCUGUGGCCCAUACAAGUGCCCUGAUGAAACUGAGCUUCUGCGAAUACCACAUCAUCACUCACUACUUCUGUGACGUUCUUCCCCUCCUCAAUCUCUCCUGCUCCAACGCACACCUCAGUAAUCUUUUACUCUUUAUCAUUGCUGGAUUCAGCACACUGGUGCCCACCCUCUCUGUUGCUGUCUCCUACAUCUUCAUCUUCUGCAGCAUCCUUCGCAUCUGGUCUUCGGAGGGGUGGUCUAAGGCUUUUGGAAUGUGCAGCUGUCAUCUCAUGGCUAUGGACAUCUUCUUUGGGUCAGUCACCUACAUGUAUUUCAAACCUCCUUCAAGUAACUCUCUGGAGCAGGAGAAGGUAUCUUCCAUGUUCUACACCACAGUGAUUCCCAUGCUGAACCCUCUGAUCUCAGUCUGA